AUGGCCAAGAACUAUGACGCGCUGGAGUUUCCUUACUGUGACGAGGUCUCCAAGUACGAGCGGCUGGCGAAGAUCGGUCAGGGGACCUUCGGGGAAGUGUUUAAAGCCAAACAUCGACAGACGGGGAAGAAAGUGGCUCUGAAGAAGGUUCUGAUGGAAAAUGAGAAAGAAGGGUUUCCGAUAACCGCUCUACGUGAAAUCAAAAUUCUCCAGCUCCUGAAACAUGAAAACGUAGUGAACCUCAUUGAGAUUUGCAGGACAAAAGUUUCUCCCGCAGCGAACCAGUAUAAUAGAUACAAAGGAAGCAUCUUCUUGGUGUUUGAUUUCUGUGAGCACGACCUAGCGGGGCUGCUGAGCAAUACGCACGUCAAGUUCACCCUCUCCGAGAUCAAGAAAGUGAUGCAGAUGCUUCUCAAUGGCCUUUACUACAUCCACAGGAACAAGAUCCUUCACAGAGACAUGAAAGCUGCCAAUGUGCUUAUCACCAGAGAUGGAGUCCUGAAACUCGCGGACUUUGGAUUAGCCAGGGCGUUCAGCCUUGCCAAGAACAGCCAACCCAACAGAUACACCAAUCGGGUGGUCACACUUUGGUAUCGACCGCCUGAGCUGCUUCUAGGUGAGCGGAUUUAUGGACCGCCCAUUGAUUUAUGGGGUGCUGGAUGCAUCAUGGCGGAAAUGUGGACCAGGAGCCCUAUCAUGCAGGGAAACACAGAGCAACACCAGCUGACCCUCAUCAGCCAGUUGUGCGGCUCCAUUACACCCGAGGUUUGGCCAAAUGUGGACAAGUAUGAACUCUACCAAAAACUUGAGCUGCCGAAAGGUCAAAAGAGGAAAGUAAAGGAAAGGUUAAAGGCGUAUGUGAAAGAUGCGUACGCGCUAGACCUCAUAGACAAGCUGCUAGUCUUGGAUCCGGCACAGAGAAUCGAUAGCGACGACGCGCUCAACCAUGACUUCUUCUGGUCUGACCCCAUGCCUUCUGACCUGAAGAACAUGCUCUCCACCCACAACCAGUCCAUGUUCGAAUAUUUGGCUCCUCCUCGAAGAAGAGGCGGUCACAUGCCCCAACAACCAGCCAAUCAGGGAAGGAACCCUGCCACUAACCAAUCAGAGUUUGACCGUGUAUUUUGA